AUGCACCCACCACCACCACCACCACCGACAACGACAUCAACGACGUCGACGACGGCAACAGUUGACGACGACAACGCCAUCACCAUUGACGAGAACAAGAAGAACAAGAACGGCAAUGAUAGCAACCGUAAAACAUCCGUCCCCUGUCAAGUCACCUACCAGUUUUAGGUACUGACAUUGAACUCACUCUGUCGCACGAGACACGUACUAUCUCCAGCACUUGAUCCCGCGGGCAAGAACAUGCCAAAAUUACGUUUGUCUAGGCUGGCCACGCGCAGUCUAAGUCUCAAUUUGGGAUGAACACGUCCAACAACUCGCUUGUUUGACACUGGGGGAGACAAAUAAGUAUCUCGGCAAAAACAGUAGCGUCAACACCAUUGCCGCGACUAGCCUUCGUACGGCAUGUUAGGAGUGCAGCACUCAUGACGCCUCAACACUGAAUUGCCCGUUCAACGCCUUUGCAAGGUCAACGCCUUUGCAAGGUCAACGCCCCACGCCCCCUCCCCCCAUUUCCUUUACACAGACCCAAAGCUAGCACAAUGCACAAAGCUUCACUCAGUCGCCGUGCUGAGGGUUUUUACCAUCUGUCUAUUUAUGGGUUCUUUCUUGUAUCCAGAUGAAUAUUGCCAAAAUAUUGGCUGAAAAAUCCAGACGGUUGGCGUGUCCCGUGUUCACCGGUGAGUACCGCUGCGGUGGUUCUGGGAGCCAGGGGACUUGUCUCGCGAUAAAAAAUCCGCUUUUGACACGACUUCGUCCUUUCGUACGAAAUCGAUGCUUGCUUCCGAUGACGUAUGACGAUGCUCAAGAAUCCACGGUUGGUUUCUCGCUUGAACCGGUACAUGGGCAACCAGGCCAAUGAGCACGUCCAAGGUUUCCGAGGAAAGGGAUUUGGUCUCGAUGACCCUGACGUCGCUCCGUCCGUUGCUGCCGGCGCGGCGUGGAGGGCGCCGUGAGACAGGCCGCCAUCGCGAAUUGUUUCCUAGCAAGGAGCAACAAAGGCGCUACUGUU